AUGCAGUUUCGACAGCAGCCGCAAAGUAUGCUAUGGAAAAUUGCAUUUCUAAUUAUCGCAUUAGUCGGCGACGUGUCGUGCAUAAGAAAUGGCGACGGAAAUGACGAGCAGAAACACAUUUCCGCCAAGCUGAAAAACUUUUUUCCCUCCGAGCAAUUGGGUGAGGUGAAUUCCCCGAUUGCUGCACAGACGGCCCAAGUCUCCGCACGGGUAACAAACGGCGGCUUUAGACCAUCUCAGAUGCUGGAGUUUACGCCGUCGGAUGUGAUGCACGGCAGCAGUAACCGAUUUCCGCCCAGCUAUCUGGAAGCCAACUAUAAGCAUCAAGUGCCCAGCUCCUUGGCCAAUCUGAAUCCACAGCAAUCGGCCAUGGACAAGCAGUUUGCCUUUCCCGACGAUGACGGUCAGUCGACUUACCACAGCUUUGGCAGCACACAAAUACCCACCACACCUGUGGUCAGCUAUUUAGAUCCAUUCACACAGCAAAACUAUCGCUAUACACCCACAACACCUGCCUAUAUUCAGUAUCAACGAGAGCAAUCUGAUGGACACGGAGAUCAGGCUUAUACGGUGCAAUCGUCGCUGCUUGUGGGCAAUCACUCGCCACACCGCCAACGUCCUGGCUCUGUGGAUGAUGUCUAUUUAAAGCGACCCGGCUACGUGUUCGAUGAGAGCCCCUCGCCUGUCUAUCGUCGUCCUACGCCCCCAACAACAACAACAACACAAUCGACAGCAGCAGCGAAGGCAACUUCGGCAUCUUCAGGGCAUAAAAUUUCAUACGAUUCACAUGAUUACCCACCGCCCAGCUAUGCCACCCAACAGACAUCGAAUUUUGUGCCACAACCGCAGCAAGCAAGUGCCCGACCAACUGCAGCUUCGUAUCGACCGCCUUACAACCGUCAAGACGUCAAUGACAACAGGCCAUUAGCAGGCCCAUCGAUACAUGAAGCCGCUUAUGCAUCCCAGCCGCAAUUCUCGUCGUCGUCUAAUUAUGCAAACAACUUUGGUAAUUAUUUGCAGCGACCACCCGGCUACCCCAGUCAGUCCCAGUCGCAAACCUAUUCCCCCCCAACCCACUCGCAAUCCAACCCCACUCACUAUCAGUACGAUUCGCCGGUAAGGCGACCUCAGCAACAGCGACCGGCACACAAUUACUACGAGUAUCAAAUUGGCGAGAUACCACCGCAAUCCCCGCAGCAUCAGUUCAACUAUCGUCCUGGUCCAGUUCCCGCCUAUCGACCACCAUCACAGCCCUCAGCUGGAGGCGGUGGAGGUGGAGGUCUGGCCACUUUGGCAUCUCUACUCAGCUCGACACAACAAUAUGCGCCACAAUUUACGAAUCUACUUUUGGGAGGUGGUGGUGCUGGUGCUGGCGGUGGUGGCGGUGGUGCUGCCUCCUCGGCUAGCCCAUUAGGCAGUCUCUUAGGCGCUUUCACGGGCCAGCAACAACAGCAUAUCCGUCCACCAAACACCCAGCUCAUUAGAGCUCUGGAGAACAUCGCACGCAACGACGAUUUACAGUGUGUGCCCAAGGUACUCUGCCAGAUGAUUGCCGGUCAAACAUUACGUGGCCAACUGCCCGGAUUCAUUACAUCGCCGGCCAUAACCAACUUCCUCGCCGGUUUUCCAGCUGCCUCGCCAGCUCUCAUUUACGGAAGAGCCGCAUUGCUUGGAAUAAGCGGCGGAGAACGGAGUUGCGUGAAAACUUAUGAGAGAUGUCCUAAGAAUGAGAUGGAAAUCAUUCACUAUCUGAACAAUCAUCGCGGUGGGUUUUUCAAGUUCUUCAGCGAACCGGAAGAGCAAUCCGCGGAGGCACAACAAAGUGAAUCUGGCGGCGGUUCAUUGUUUAGCAUUCUCUCGGCACUGACGGGCGGCGGUCAGGGGCAGGGGCAGGGGCAGGGAUUGGGUCAGGUGACGCGCACCACACCCCGACCGGUGGUAAGACCCACUCAAAGACCUAGCACGGACAUUGCCGAUGGCAUUGGCAGCUUCUUUACCCGCGUGCUGUCCGAGUACUUGAAUGGUGUGGAGUUUCAACGCAGGAGGAGGAGAAGGAGAAGUCUGUUGCCAACGGAAAUUAAACGUAACAUUGAGACGGAUAAUGGCCGCUUGAUGGCCGUUGAUUUUCAUGAUGAAGAAGAUGACUUGGAUACUCAGACACUAGUCAAAUUUCAAGAUGAUGAUGAAGCGGAGGCAGCCCAAGCUCACACCGAGCUGAUAGGUGUCCUGCAAUUUCCCGAAGACAUCGGCGAGGGACGGAUACUGCACUACAAGGGCAUUGAAAGUGAAGAACACAAUCAUCACGUGGAUGGAACCGUGCGAUUUCCGGAUGCCACGCCGGAAGCUCAACGCGACAAUGAGCGUAAAGUUAUCCACGAUUUCAAUCGCAAUGCAGCUCAGCGCAAAUUGAGAUUUCCCCAGGGACACGACGAGGGUGAAAGAGAAGCCAAGCAGUUGGAACUGGCCGAGGGUUGGACCGCUGUGCUGCCCAAUGGUCUAGGCGCCGAGGACUACGGCGUUAAUAAGAGGCGUGGCAAGCGUAUUGUCUUCAGGGAUACCAACGAGGAGCUUGAGGACCUAGAUGAACGCCUGAGAGAAGAAGAGGAGGAGGAGAGGCGCUUAAGAGAAGUUCAACUAGGAGAGGAUCAAAUAAGAAAUGCUCAACUCAGAGAGGAACAAAGAAAACAACAACACACUCCACUUAAUGCCCUUAAUGAAGAAGCAGCUCCACCUCAACGCGGUGCUAGAGUAAUAUUCCCAGAUCACUACGAGCGUCACAUACGAAGGGGAAGGAUCCUAAAUCGACCCACCUAUGCUCCCAGCUAUGAAUAUAAUAAUGAAGUAAGACCCGAAGAGAAGGAGGAACGUUUGGUGGUCAGUGAUGAGCAUAGACCAAGUUCCUAUUAUCGUCUGGAAACCACAGAUUAUCAGACGAAUGCACAGAGUCAGAGUUUCAUGAACUAUGGCGAAUAUAUGCCGGGAAAUACUGUGCGAUUUGUCGAGUCCCUCGAUGGGCCCAACUACAGUUCACAAUACAAUUAUCCGAAUGCAAACUAUAUCAGUGAUAAUCGUUAUAGCAGCACCUACCAGACAACCUCAACGCGCAGUCCGAAGCACGAGGAUAAUAAGAACAUCUAUGUGACCAAUUCCCAGGGGGUAACAGAGUACUAUAUAAGACCCGAUGGACGUAAAGUCUACCUCGGUAGCGGUUCAAUCACUGGGUAAAUCACAGGGAAACGAGGCUGCUCUCUUUUUAGUCUUAAGUCUGUAAAUAAUUGUUAACACUUAA